AUGGCAAGCAUCAACUGUUUUAUCGUAGCCCUCUUCAUUCUUUUGUCGUUGUCGGGUGGCCAAGCAGCUCGUCAUCUUCUGCAAUUGCCUAAUUUGCCUAAACCAACAUUGCCACCAUUGCCUUCUAUUCCUGCACUACCACAGCCAACAUUGCCGGGUUUGCCAACUUCUCAACCUUCAAUGCCUAAGCCCACUAUGCCUCCACUUCCUAGUCUGCCAAAAAUCCCCACAGCCACCCUGCCUCCGCUUCCUAGCAUGCCAACAUUGCCUGCUGUUCCCAAGGUCACCUUGCCUCCACUUUCAAGCAUGCCCUCAAUCCCCACAAUUCCAAUCCCAACUGCAAUUCCUUCUAUUCCAUUCCUCUCACCACCACCUGCUACCACAAAGCCUUGA